GUACAAACCCUAACCCUUACUACGUAGCCUUCCUCUCCCUCUGCUUCGUCAAGAGUACCCAGUACUAUGACAUGCGCUGGUCCUGUGAGCACCUGAUCAUGGUGUGGAUCAAUGCGUUUGUGAUGCUGAUGAGCCAGCUGUUACCUCCCAGCUACUGUGACCUGCUGCACCGCUCUGCAGCCCACCUGGGGCGCUGGCAGAAGCUGGAGCACGGAUUCUACAGCAACGCGCCACAGCACGUGUGGUCUGAGAGUACAGUCUGGCCCCAGGGGGUGUUGGUACGUCACAGUCGUAGCCUGUACAAGGCUGUAGGACCCUACAACGUGGCCCUGCCCUCAGACGUCUCCCACGCUAGGUUUUACGUGAGUCACUGCCUUUCACUAGACACUUUAGUCUGUGUGUGUUUAUCUCCUCCCCAUGUACUGCCUUUCACUAGACCCUUUAGUCUGUGUGUGUUUAUGUACUGCCUUUCACUAGACCCUUUAGUCUGUGUGUGUUUAUGUACUGCCUUUCACUAGACCCUUUAGUCUGUGUGUGUGUUUAUGUACUGCCUUUCACUAGACCCUUUAGUCUGUGUGUGUGUUUAUGUACUGCCUUUCACUAGACCCUGUAGUCUGUGUGUGUUUAUUGUACUGCCUUUCACUAGACCCUUUAGUCUGUGUGUGUUUAAUGUACUGCCUUUCACUAGACCCUUUAGUCUGUGUGUGUUUAUGUACUGCCUUUCACUAGACCCUUUAGUCUGUGUGUGUUUAUGUACUGCCUUUCACUAGACCCUUUAGUCUGUGUGUGUUUAUGUACUGCCUUUCACUAGACCCUUUAGUCUGUGUGUGUUUAUGUACUGCCUUUCACUAGACCCUUUAGUCUGUGUGUGUUUAUGUACUGCCUUUCACUAGACCCUUUAGUCUGUGUGUGUUUAUGUACUGCUUUUUACUAGACCCUUUAGUCUGUGUGUUUAUCUCCUGCCCAUGUACUGCCUUUCACUAGACCCUUUAGUCUCUGUGUGUUUAUGUACUGCCCAUGUACUGCCUUUCACUAGACCCUUUAGUCUGUGUGUUUAUCUCCUGCCCAUGUACUGCCUUUCACUAGACCCUUUAGUCUCUGUGUGUUUAUGUACUGCCCAUGUACUGCCUUUCACUAGACCCUUUAGUCUGUGUGUUUAUCUCCUGCCCAUGUACUGCCUUUCACUAGACCCUUUAGUCUGUGUGUUUAUCUCCUGCCCAUGUACUGCCUUUCACUAGACCCUUUAGUCUGUGUGUUUAUCUCCUGCCCAUGUACUGCCUUUCACUAGACCCUUUAGUCUGUGUGUUUAUCUCCUGCCCAUGUACUGCCUUUCACUAGACCCUUUAGUCUGUGUGUUUAUCUCCUGCCCAUGUACUGCCUUUCACUAGACCCUUUAGUCUCUGUGUGUUUAUGUACUGCCCAUGUACUGCCUUUCACUAGACCCUUUAGUCUCUGUGUGUUUAUGUACUGCCCAUGUACUGCCUUUCA